UCUCCCCAUCCUCGCACACGGAUCCCCUCCCUUCGGAAGCGCGCACGCCAACACUGGAAAACGGCACCAUUUCUUCUCGGAUAACGUGCAAUGCAGCCAUUCGACUCGCCGCCGUUGUGUUGACACUAAAACGCCGAAAUACAGUCAUCAAAAAAGGUACGCCAGCUGUUGUUUUUCUUUUCAAUCCUCCCGGCUGUCAACAUGAUGCCCGCGUCGUCUCCUUCCGCCUGGCCCGGAGAGGAGCGACCGUCUCUGCUGGACCAGGAGGAGCCCGAUUUGAGCCAAGUGUCUGUGGCCAUCCCGUGCCCCUCCGUAGGAGUGGGCGAGCAGCUCCUAUGCAGCAGCAGCCCGGCCGGCGCCGGACCCCCACGCAGCAAGUCCAAAGGGGAGCUGGUCAUCGUCAUCAACGAGAAGCUGAAGAGCAGUAACGGGGUCCUCGCCAGUGAAAACCCCUCCCCCGUGGUCUCAUCGCCUCCCCGGCGUCAGCACUCCAUCUCAUACCCGCACCAUGCCAAGACCAGGAAGGGCAGUCGGGCGGGCUCCAUAGCCUACACCGCCUUCUCCCCCAGGCCCUCGCUGUCCCGCCACUCCAGCAUCGCCACCAACCCCCCCUUGGACCGCACCAAGGUGAAGGACUACCUCCUGCUCUCCGUGCUGGCUUGUUUCUGCCCCGUGUGGCCCAUUAACAUCGUGGGAUUUGUCUACUCCAUCAUGUCCAAGAACAGCUUGGAGCAAGGGAACUUGGAUGGCGCCGUGCGUCUGGGCCGCGUGGCCAAGAUGCUGUCCGUGGUAUCGCUGGUGGGCGGGACGCUCAUUAUCAUCGCCUGCAUUGUCAACCUGGCCAGGGCUCGCAAGUCACAAUGGUGUCAACAGAACAUUCAAAGGUGGGCAAUUUCCAUCGUGGCUGGAACACUUGCACGGCUCUCAGGUUUGUGGGAUUCAUCUUUAUUUCUUCAGUAAAAGAAAAAUGAAUGCAAAAUUUUUUUUUUUCUUUUUUCUUAAGAGGCAGAAUCAUUUGGUUGUAGUUCAGCCCCCGUGGCCUGGAGUCCAGUUGCUUGAUGUCACAUGUCAGAUUAGAUGAUGUUGUUGUUGUUGUUGUGUUGCUGCUCUUCUUGUCUGUAUCUCUCUGUGUGUGUAUCCGUGUUGACACAAUUAUUGCUCACACACGUCAACUCAGUCAAACUCGACAAGACAGACGAGAUCAGCUUUUAGAUUUGUGGGGUGAAACGUGCAGUCGUACAUUCGGCCUCUAAGGGGCACUAUUGGAUUUAUUGGCCGUAUGGAAGGAAAUGAGAGGAUAGCACAAAGCAAAUUCAUAAGAACAAUUUAUGCACUAAAAUAAACCAUGCUCACUUGAACUUUCAGAAGAACAAACACCCCUACGUCCAAACGAUAUAUAUUUUUACAGUUUUUUUUUUUAAAGCAUGCCUCACACACAAGUAUGCGUCUUUCCUUUAACGCCGUCCACAAAUAAAAAAUGGUUGCUUUGGAGAAUGCUCUGUGCUUGGUUAAAUGUAAAUUACAGAAAACCUCCACACGAAAUUGCUUUGUUUUUAGGA